CCUAAGAACAUCCCCAAAUGUCAACAGACCACAGAAAUUGGGGGCGGGGGCGCUCCAGCAUUUAUGGUGAUGGAAAGAGGGGCCCCAGCUUGACUGUGGCUACUCGAGUCGACGUCUUUUUUCCUCCUUUAAACCUUUAGUUAUGCGGUCACAGGCUAGAGCAGAGGGAACGCGAACCUCCUGAGUUCAAAAUAAAACAAAAAUCAAAAGGCACACGUAGCCGCCGCUGUCCCGGCCACUCUGGUAACGCAAUCCUGGCGCAAGACUUCCGCGAUCGUGCCCCUGCAGUAGUCCGCAGGGAGUUCAGGGCGGCAUCUCAGAUGUUCUCUGAAAGCCCAUCAGCGCAAUGCGCUUUGUUGGAAAGUCGGUUUCUCUGGGGUCGUAUCCUGCACCCCUGUCCCCCCUCAGUCUGUUUCUUGAGUGUCAGGCUCUGUCAGUAGUUAGAGAACAACUUGGGUGAAGCGCGGAGGUCGCGGGCUCUGGGCUCAGCUGAGCUGCGUCCAGGCCCCAGCCUGUGAGCUCAGCGCUGCCCUGAUUGACAUCCGCCUCCAGGGUAAACUGAGGGAAUCAGACCUGUCCCGCUGGGCGGUUGUGACGAGCUCAGUAAAGGCUUCUUGUGUCAUUGACCAGGAACCAGGUUUGUUUGUUUUUUCCGUAAAGGGAGUCAUCUUCAUUUUUCUCUACCUAAAUCUUUAUGCAGUAAUAGUAAAGGUUGGUGUUUGAAUUAAGCAUACAAUUAAAGAGCCUUCUUGAAAUCUUUUUUGUUCUAAUAAUGAUUAAAUAUUUUUUUUUGAAAGUGUUUGCCAUUAUGUUCAAUGGUAAUUUGAGAUUGGAAGGAAUUCUUGACAGGAUUGCAAAAUCUCAGACUUCUUGAGUCAUUGAGUUAAUGUUUUGGAAAACUGUGUGAAGGAACAUACAGGGGAGUUGAUGGUGGCAGGAAUGGUGUGAAAAGUGCCCAGCAGCUCUGCUUGCCCAGUUCCCUGGACCUCUCUGUGCCGGUGUUCCUGCCUGGAUACUCUCUGCAUUUAAACUUCUGUGAUCUGAGAUCGCCAGGCUGGUUAGACCCCGCAGAUGUGCCCUCUGGGUGGGCGUGUGGGCUGCAGCCUAUGCGCCGGAAAACUAAGGAUGGCUCCUGGGAAACUGCUGAUGUCUGGCCCCUUUAAGCCCCUUUGACUAAUACAGAAAAUGUCUUUGGGUUACGCUUGCACUGCUUCCCUAAGAAUCUCCAGAGGCUAGAAAGGCCUAGAACUGCCAUCAUCCUCGUUGCUGGGUACUGCUCAUUCUUCAGAUAGGAGGUGAAGAGCUAAUAUUCACUAAAAGCUCGCCCUGCAUGUGCCAGGCACUGUGUGGAGUGUGGUGCUGUCAUCUCUAUUUGAUAGAUAAGGGAGUGGAGGCGAGAGAAACUGAUUAGCAGCCCAGGCCAGGAGCCUGAAAAGGGGCGGAGCCUUGCUGGGACCCCCCCCCCCCAUCCCCCUCCCCUGCAUGAGUGCAGGCUCGCUGUAGUUCUUGAAACAAUUUCCUUUUCUGUGUUAAAGGCUUAUCUUUGCAAAGUGCAAUUAUAACAUCACUAUGAUGCAACAGCCUGAAAAUUAAAACCCUCUGUGAGAGCCCUGUCCCAGGUUGAGCAACGGGGCCUGACUCACCCGCUGCGGGGAUAUUUCUAGUGACCUUGCCUUGGUCCAUCCAGUCAGUUUGGAGAGGUAGAUGUGAGUGCAGCGGGGAGUGGAAAAGGCACAGUCAUAGUGCCCGGCUUUAUUUUUACCCCAGCUCAACUCACACAUACUUCAUUAUUUCCAUUGUAAUCCAGAUGGCGUUGGUGCCGUGAAAAGUUGUUUAUUUUUAAUACGGAUUGAGGAAUGAGGGCCCACUUGGGAUUCAAUUCAAAAUAUGACAGAAACAAUGUAGUUGAAGUUUCCUUUAAUAUUCAUUUCUUGUUUUUGUAAGGUAUGCGUCUAUUUCACAGGGUUAACACAUUGUUUGAUAUCCUGUUAUUUUUCUAAAUUAUAUUUGAGUUGAUUUUUAUCCAGAUGGGACUCAUAGGAGAAUGUCGAAAGACGCUGACCUUUGAUCACAGACAUUACAUAAGAGUUUUUCAGUUUCAAAAUGAAUUUAUAUUACUACCACCCCCAAUUAUCUCUCAAAUUUCUUUGCAAAUAACUUUCCUCUAGUUGAAAAAAAAAUACUGUUUUUCAUCUGGCUUUAAUUAGAGAGCACAGGCUUGUUUUUAUGAUAAAAUUUAGUAGGGAUUUACUAGAUACAGUUUGUAAUAAUCUGUGCUUUGAAGACUCAGUUUCAUUGGAAUCAGAAUGAUGUUUAUAAGCCUUUUAGUUAUCAGAACAUGGUGUCUUUAUUAAUUAACUUUCCGGUGAUCUUAAACUGCUAUUAAGUUGUCUUCAAAUAAACACUAAAACUAAACAUUGGAAAAAAUCUGUCUUAUUCAUAAGGCACAUAGUAAAGUAAAGGACAUUUAUAAUCAUCUGUGCCCUGGGAAAGAAAGUGAAAUUAGAAUGCUGCUUCAGUGUCAGUAGGAGCACUGAAGGACUCUUACUACCACACCCUUGCCCCACCCAGCCCCUGUACACACCACUUUUGCCAUCAUUGCUCCGUGUUGUGUGUGUUCUGGGAUUACUUACCCAUGGCAGCAUUUCCUAUAACUGGGUUACUGGGUGCUUGUUAGUGUCCCUUAACAUUUCAGAUGUGUUGCUAGACUGACAAAUUCUCUUUUUGCAAGUUUCAAGAAAACUAAUGGUCCCCAUUUUGAAGUGACUGGAGAUUUUUAAAAACGCGUUUCCCCCUCAAUUCCUGUCACCCGUUGGUGGGGGCGGUUUUGUCUUUACGUAGUUCUCCAGCUGCACGAUUGUGUGCACGCGUUAGCAUCUGUGUGCUUACUCCGUGCAGUCUUCAGAAUAUUUUUGUUGUGCACUGAACUGCAAGCGCUGGCCUCUUUUAUGAAAGAAGGUCACCUUAUACUAUUUCAUAUUUCAGUUCCUUAAAUUAUAUCAAUAUGAUAAUAGAAUGCAACAUUGUCGUCAUAUUUAUUGUUUAAAUCUAAUUUUCAAGUUGUGUUUUGUUGAGGGUGAGAGAGCAACAAACUUGAAAUAUUUUCAUUUGUCAUAAACUCUGUCUGGUUUUGACACUUUUACAGCUGCACCUAAAUAGAAAAAAUAGGUCAGUUUGUUGCUAUGAUAGGAUAGAUUUUGGCAAAGUGUGAGAGGCCGUUUAUGUGUGUGUUCAUGUCUCCAUCAAGUACACGUUUCUCUCUGGCUUUAAAGUCUGUGUUCCUAGAGACAGAAUUAUAUUAUUAAUGGGAGGCCUUAAUUGGCACUCAGAAUGGUUAACAUAGUUUUCUUAAUUUAAAAAGGCUUCUAUUUUUCAGCCUGAUUGGAAAAUCCUCUUACGACUUCAGUGUUUCCUGAGUUUCUUCAUCCCCACUCGAUUGCACAUGUAUUUUCCUAUUUUGUCUCUGCUUUUAAAUACUGGAUUUUAUUUUUAUCCAUGAAUAGAAGAAAAGCAUUUUAUUGAAACAGUCACGUCACGUCAUGGAUUUUACCCACAGGAAGAAAAUAAGGUUAACGUUUUGCUGGUAGAAAUGGAGCGACACAGCAAUAGUUUAAAGAGCUGUGAAUUGAGUAACUUUUUUUCUUAACUUAAAUGGCAUUUCUCUCAAAAACAAGCAAAUGCUUGCUUAGUGGAGGGAGAGGGUUUGCAGUUUAACAUAAAAGAAUUUUUUUCUGUAAUGGUAUCUAUACUACACCUCUGAGGGAGUGAGUAGCAUAUUCAGAAAAUAGAGGGAAAAUGAGAGAGUUCUAUAAAAAUGUUUCCAAAUCACUGAGCACAGAAGAUAGUGUUUCAUCUUGUAUUGACAGAAUUUUAAAAUUAAAAUAGAUAAUAGAAACAAUUUGCAAUAAGGCGUCCCCUUUAAAGAGAGAAUUAAUAACAAAAUAUCUCAUAGUAGAUUCUAAUGUCUAAACUAUUAGUAAGAUUUUAGAUGCUUGAAACAGAAUGCUUUUUCCUUCCUUGUUUUGUAAAGAGUUUGAAUUGUCAACCAUUCUCUAUGAGAUGCGGUGGGGGCCCAGGAAGACACAGUCUGUCAUUGUAAACACAAGUAAUGAGGUUACUCCUCGAGUGGAAAUUUGGUCUAGAAUUUAUGUUGUAAAGUUUUAUUCUUUUAGAGAAUCUUCUAAACCAGAUUUUAACCUUAAUUAAAAACAAUAUUUAGGUCAUCUGACUUAAAUAGACUUUAAAGUUCUGGGCUUAUGAGACGUGGCUCCUGCCUGUGGAAAUAGUGUAAUGUACCAUGAAAAAGCAAUAAUUAGAGGCCGCACGUCCGCAUUAGGUAUGGGAAAAUAUGUCAAUUGGAAUGUGAUGACUCCUGCUCUUAAAUUUCUCUCUCUAUUUGUGUUUUUUAAGCAGCCAUAUUACCUAAUGGGUGUAAUGAAGCUGGUCAUGCUGAACACGCCAGCAUCGUAGACUUGGCAUGCAGUGUCAAUUACUCACCAAAAAUGAAACAAGCGGUGACUGACGUAGCGUUAGUCGUGAUCUGAAAACACGAGGCAGAGGUAACCCAGAAGAGCCGCACUCCAUUCAGGCGGAGGAGCCGGAGAGGUUUGUCCCGGAGAGUAGAACACAAAGAAUAUUGAUGGAUUUUAAACCACACUUUUUCAAGCGUUUGAGAAGACUGGAAAAGUAAUUUGUUCUCCUGCACUGCAUAUAUAGGUUAAGAUUGUUUCUGAUGCAGCUGAGAAAAAUGCAGACCAUCAAGAAGGAGCAGGCGUCUCUUGAGACUGGUCACAGUGUGGACAAGAUGAUGGUGCUUAACUCUGCUUUAACUGAGGUCUCUGAAGACUUGACGACAGGAGAAGAGUUACUUCUAAACGAAGGCAGCGUGGGGAAAAACAAAUCUGCAUCGUGUCGGAGGAAACGGGAAUUCAUUCCCGACGAAAAGAAAGAUGCCAUGUAUUGGGAAAAACGGCGGAAGAAUAACGAAGCUGCCAAGAGGUCUCGUGAGAAGCGUCGACUGAAUGACCUGGUUUUAGAGAACAAACUCAUUGCACUGGGAGAAGAAAACGCCACUUUAAAAGCUGAACUGCUUUCCCUGAAAUUGAAGUUUGGUUUAAUUAGCUCCACAGCAUAUGCCCAAGAGAUUCAGAAGCUCAGUAAUUCCACAGCUGUGUACUUUCAAGAUUACCAGACUUCCAAAGCCAGCAUGAGCUCCUUUGUGGAGGAGCACGAGCCCUCGAUGGUGGCCAGCAGCUGCAUCUCCGUCAUUAAGCAUUCUCCGCAGAGCUCCCUGUCUGAUGUCUCGGAAGUGUCCUCGCUGGAACCUUCUCAGGAGGGCCCCGCGCAGAGUCCUGAAAGCAAGUUCCAGGUCAUCAAGCAAGAGCCGAUGGAACUGGAGAGCUACACGAGGGAGCCGAGGGACGACCGAGGCGCCUACCGGGCAGCCGUGUACCAGAGCUACGUGGGGAACCCUUUUCCUGGCUUUUCACACUCUCCGCCCCUCCUGCAGGUCCACCCGUCCUCCAGCAACUCUCCGAGGACGUCAGAAACCGACGACGGGGUGGUCGGGAAGUCAUCCGACGGAGAGGACGAGCAGCAGGUUCCCAAGGGCCCCAUCCACUCUCCCGUGGAACUGCCGCGUGUGCACACGACGGUGGUUAAAGUUCCAGAGGUGAACUCCUCUGCCUUGCCCCACAAGCUUCGGAUUAAAGGCAGAGCGAUGCAGAUAAAAGUGGAAGCGUUCGACAACGAGUUGGAUGCCGCGCAAAAACUUUCCUCGCCGAUUGACAUGACAUCCAAGAGACAUUUUGAACUCGAGAAGCACAGUGCCCCAAAUAUGGUACACCCUUCCCUCACCCCUUUCUCAGUGCAAGUGACGAACAUUCAAGAUUGGUCUCUCAAAUCGGAACACUGGCAUCAAAAAGAAUUUAAUGGCAAAACUCAGAGUAGUUUCAAAACUGGAGUGGUUGACAUGAAAGACAAUGGCUACAAAGUUUCUGACCCAGAGAAUUUGUUUUUGAAGCAGGGGAUAGCAAACUUAUCUGCAGAGGUGGUUUCACUGAAGAGACUCAUAGCCACGCACCAAAUCUCUGCCUCGGACUCCGGGUGAAGUCCUACUGAGCCGGCUCUGGGCGUUGAGGAAGAUGUCUGCAAUAGAUGGAUACGUUUUGUACUAGGCUGAAUUUUCACUGGACUGUGAUGUCAUUUCACUGUAACAUUCACAUGUUGUCUGUUGGGUGUCUUUUUGUGCACAAAUUAUUAUGAGGAUUAGAUGAUGUUAUCACUCUGCCUUCUGUAUCGUCCAAUAGUCCAUGCAAAGGCUGUAUAUAUUGAACAUUAUUUUUGUUGUUCUAUUAUAAAGGUGUAAGUUACCAGUUUCAAUAAAGGAUUGGUGACAAACACAGAA